CCUACUUCUCCCUGACCCUGGCCCUGGCCCUGGCCCUGGCCGUGGCAUGUAACCAUCAAUUUUACAGCUUGAGACGCAACACCUCAUCUCCCUCUUUAAAAUACCUCCUGCUUUGUAAGCCAGUUAAUCAGCUGGUCUUCUUUGUGCAUUUUAGUUUGAAGGCCUGCUCUGGGAUACGCGAGAUCUUGUGCUUGGUAGGGGCCAUAUUCAAGGUCUCAAGGAUUAUAUUGGCGUAAAACCCAUUUUUAAAAUGGGGAAAACCCUGGCUUUAAGGAUUCGUUGCUUGCGAGAAAUUCGUAGGCUUUUACAUGUAAAUUAUCCAGGGACUAGUUAUCAUCUCCUCGGAGGCGCUGGAAACAUAGUUCAAUUGCGUUCACUCUCAUCUCUUCCGGUAUCCAUUGUGUGUGUGAAGAAACAUGAUCACAUGUGCUAUACUUCUUGCAGUCUCUUUCAGGUUUUCAACUAUGUCAAAACCAAAAAAAGAGUCCUUUCCGCGGCUUGACUUAUUAUCCUUCAUCCAGUCUACUGUUAACAAGCAUGAAGGCCCUUCUCAUAUUUGGUUAAAUGGAAUUCUGUCGCAAAAGAAUAUAUUGAAGAAAGAAGGCAUUACAUUAGUCCUUGUAGCUGAGUUUUUCCGAGGCUCCUCCUUGACACAGCAUGAACUUUUUUUCAUGCUCAAUAAAGUCAAAUUCCUUCAGCAAAGGUAUCCUUUUAUUCAAGUCAUGGGGUAUCAGUAUACAACAUCUGCUCUUCUCUCUAAAGAUGAUUACACACAUUUACUCCAAAGAGUGAUGAAGGAAUACAUAAGCUUUCCUAUUUUGCUGUCUAACAAGAAUUUUCCCACGAUUGUUGGUGGUUCAUGUUGCAUCAUAUUUAGUGGCUCUAAGAGCCCUAUAAUGUACCAUGCCAGGGAAGUAGAUCAGGUGAAUCUGGAAAAUGUCAUCAAGGAUUUGAAAGCGCAGCAGAGGAAGACUCUUGGUUUUGCGCAAAAUAUGAAUAGUCCUUGGCAAAAACCACUCGAAGUAUUGAAUGAACCAUAUCUUUGUAUUUCAUUACAGAAUUUAUUUCUUUAUUUCCCAGGUUGUAUAUCAGUUGAUCAGUCUGGAGAUCACAUUUAUAUUUCUGACAGUCAUCACCACCGGAUAAUUGUAUUUGACGCUCAUGGAGGAAUUCAAGACUUUAUUGGUUCCUCUCCUGGUUUUGAAGAUGGAGACUUUGAAAGUGCAAAAUUUAUGCGCCCUGCAGCAUCAUUUUAUCAUGCUGAUGAGGGUUGCCUCUACAUUGUGGACUCGGAGAACCAUGCCAUCAGGAGAGCUGAUAUGGAGAGGAGAACUGUAGAGACGAUAUAUCCUGCAACGAUCUCAAAUAAGGAUUCCAGUAGCUUAUGGAGCUGGAUUUUGGGCAAGCUUUGGAGCAAGAAGGAUCAAGAAGGAUCUGAUGAGUUUUCUCCAAAAUCAUUGCUAUUCCCUUGGCACAUGUUAAAAUGCCAAAAUGAUCUCUUAGUUCUUGAUUUUAACUUGCAGACUUUAUGGGUUAUGGACCUUGCCUCUGGGACUCUCAAAGAAAUUGUGAGAGGAUUCUCGAAUAUAAUGGAGAUCUGUGGGCAUACAAUUAUGGAGAAGUCAAAUAUUUUGAAACAAGUGCCAGAUGGUUUGUUGAAGCGGGUAGUGCACACUAGUUGCUCAUUGGAGGGAGUUCCAUAUGCUGCUCUAAUUUCUUCCAUUGCAACUCUUCAAGAUGAUGUAAUCGUUUGCAAUCCAGUUGGUCAGGAGGUAUUUAAAUUCGAUAGGAAAUCCGGGACUUUAUCAACCUUCCAAUUCUCAAAUUUCAGCAUUCUGGGUCUUCCUUAUUGGCUCUCAUUUCCUAUGGAGCGUGUAUGUUCUACUCAUGAUACAUUAUCAGAACUUCACGUUGAUCACACUGAACAUUUUACCUUGCUCCCAGGCAGAGUUGACAUACUAUUGAGUAUCGACAUACCCCAUUCAUUUGAUCUGGUAGAACCCUUGAGUGAAAGUUGCACAUGGCGCCAAGCUAGAGGAGCAGCUACAGUAGUAUCUGAAGAAGAAGCGGAGAGCAGUUCUACUUCCGAAAAGGUAUCCGCUGCCCAGCAAUGGUAUGAUGAACUUGACCACCAUACCUUUUGGGCACCUGAAAAAGAACGAAACAAAGGACAAAGCUCAUCCACUGAAUCUAGCAUAGAUAUGAUUAGCUCGAGACCUUCUAAAGUAGAGUCUGAGGGGAAAGUUCGCAUUGGUUGCUGUGUCAACACCAGCCCUGGUACAAGCGAGAUCAUGGUUUCAGCUGCAUUGUAUAUGAAACUGAGGAAGAAGAGUGCAGACAGUAGGAUGGAGAGUGGAGAGCACCAUACUGCCAAGAUGAUAGUAGAUCAUUUGGACCCUGCUGGCAGAAUGGGGGUAAGGAAAGAUGUGCUUGUUUCAUAUCUUUUGGCAUCACAUAGAGAUUUGGAAAGCCUCAUUUUGUGCAGACCUCUACAUGUGAUGCUCAAGUUUGACUGCCCAAACCACCCCACAUCAGAAGAUAAUUCCAAAGAAAUUGUUGUAACCCAAUCUUCUUUAAAUGUCAAUGUCUCCCUUUGAACAGUGUUCCUUGUGUUUUCUUUCUGGCAAUUUUUAUUAUAUAGUAGUAUAUUUUACUGGCAACUUCCUCAAGUUGCAACCCUUCUAUUGUGUCUUGAGAGUCUGGGCUCUGAUGUAUCCUGGUCUCCUCCCCCCCUUCGAGACUGAGUUUCUCUCUCUUUGGAAGCAUAUUGGAAUGUGAUAUUCAUUUUAUUUUUAGUUCUUUCUUAUGACUUAUGUCACUUUUACUCUUUC